UCAACAACAAUAUCGCUGUUUCCGGUCUGUCGUUUUGCUAAAGGUACUACAGCAUCCUUUUUACAAAACAAUGUUGGAGUUGACAGUGUAGCUCUCGUGAGUUUGGCAGAGUUGUGACGUUUGUCUGCGGGACCUCACGAUAGCAGUUUUUUAACCUCGUGUAAGCUGCCUGUUGGCGUGCGGACGAGCAUGAGCGACGUGGAGGUGUUCCACGAGAAACAGAGGUUGGAGCUGUGCGCCAUCCAUGCUCUGAACAACGUGCUUCAGGAGCGGGUGUUCACCAAGGAGACCGCAGACGACAUCUGCAAGCGCCUUGCCCCUCAGUGUGUGGUGAAUCCGCACCGCUCUGUACUGGGGACAGGGAACUACGAUGUAAACGUGAUCAUGGCUGCUCUCCAGAGUCGAGGACUGGCCGCCGUGUGGUGGGACAAACGUAGGUUAGUACAGAGUUUAUAUCUGGAGAAGGUGCAGGGCUUCAUCUUGAACGUGCCGUCGCGGGUAUCGCUGGGAAUCGUGUCCCUCCCACUGAGACGCAGACACUGGCUUGCAGUACGGCAGGUCAAUGGACAGUACUACAACCUGGACUCUAAACUUAAGGGUCCUGUUUGCAUUGGAGGAGAAACAGAACUCAGGUCAUUCCUCAAAGAGCAGCUGUCUCAGGAUGUGGCAGAGAUGCUUCUUGUUGUCCAGCGAGAAGUAGAGGAUGAUGGGACAUGGCUGAUUCCAGACAACCCUGGAAAAUGAUCUCUCAGGACAGGAUGCGUUCCAUGUGCAUUUGGACUGAAUGUGCAAGCAUGCAUGCACGGGGGAAGGCAGUUUUGGGACCCGGGAAGGUUUGAUUUAAUGCAAGCUCCCUCCACGGGAGCAGGGCUACCAAAGAAUGUUGGAGUUGCUCACGAACGUCACACUUGCACGCAAAGAGAUGCCCCAUUGAAUGGUUAAUGAAAGGGACCUCUUUUCUGCCACAAAGGACAUGUUUGUCAGAAAAGUCACAGGCUUGGAAGCUGUGGGUUACAACGGUCAUCACAGCUGCAUUGACUGCCUUUUUCUCGCUCUCACACACAAUUUUUUCUCUCUUUCUAUCUCUUCCACAUCUCUCUCAGGACAAAUGCUUGUUUUGUAAAAGUAACAUUUGUGUGUCUUUACUUGUUCUGCCUCUAUGCACCGCACUGCUGAAGUAGAUUAUGCCGCCUGCCCAACUAUGCACAGAAAAGAUACAGCACAGUUAGUCUUCGCAAAUAUACUUGUGGUUUCAAGAUUUGUUAAUCUAAUUAUGCGUACUACAGAGGACAGGGACUUCUUCUCCUGCCCCCUUAUUUGCCCAUGUUCCUUUUCCUAAUUGGUCAUGUAAACAUCUCAGAGGACACUCUGAAAUUAGUUGUUCACUAAUAAAGUGGAUUUAUAACUUUAUUUA